UCGAAAUUGCCACAUGUAAUUUCUUCAUCCCUUGGACUGCCCAAUAUGACCAUCAUGCAAAUAUUAUUCGGUUAACAGACUAUUUACACUUUUUUUGUUGUUUCGAGGAUGACUGGAAGUCCUCAACUGUCCAUGCAUGCUGCUAACGACCCAUUCGAGUAUCAAAAGCUCCCCAUUAGCACCUGCAUGCACACACCCUCCAUUGUCCCAGUGGGCCUUAUAAAGUCCAGUCUAGCUUUUGAACUCCUCAUACCUGACUUGAGUAAGCUGCUGAAUCAUGGCCCCAUCCAGCAACAAGUUGCGAGCUCAGUUUCCUCCUGGCGUUGACGGUGCUCGCCGCGAAGUUCUCCGGAGGAGCACCACCUAUCUGGCCCGCAUUGCCAUCAUCCUCCAGGACGCCCCGGAUAAAAUGCUCACCUUCAUGCAACUUAUGGACAGGAUGGGCCCGCUGGUUCGACAGGAUAGAAAGUCCAUCGAGAAUAAUAUCAGAGUGUGUUUGUCCACCAACAAGUGCUUUGUCAAGAUUCCUUUGGUCCCUGACUCCCUGGGCAGCAAGCGUAACUUCUGGAAGCUGGAACUGAGUCUUAUCACCACCAAAAUGGUCCGACGUCACUUUAAGGACAUCAUGGACUUCUUUCCAGAGUUGAGCGGCCGGCGUGAGGACAGUGGGGGAACCUUCCCCCCACCGCCGCCAUCGGUCCAGAUCAGCUGCGAGGUCAAGUUUAACGGGCCCUUCUCCAUUGAGUCUCUGCUGAAACGGGACAGUCCUGCCCCUACCAGAACUUCGACUCACGAAGCCUGCGUGUCCAACAUCUCCUCCCUGGGCAUUACUGCAGUUCUGUGA